AUGGCUGCAUCAACGAGCCAUCUACGCUCUCUCUGUUCAUCAACGAGAUCCCUCUCUCGAUCCGGGGUCAUCGUCACCCCAAUCGCCUGCCGGGGAUAUGCUACAACCGAUCCCUCGCCGUCCGCCACCACUCCGACACCAGUACGCAGACGGACGACGUUCAAAGAUAAACUGAACGCCGGCCCUUCCUUCUCAGAUUUUGUCUCCAAUGGAAACGACAAUGCGCCGCUUGAUCCUUCCGAGGCAUACGCCCUCAAGACCGCUCUCGUCGGACCCGCCGGCCGCAAGAAGGAAAUGACCCGGCUGCCGUCAUGGCUGAAGACCCCCAUCCCCGACUCGAAGAACUACCAGCGUCUCAAGAAGGACCUCCGCGGUCUGAAUCUGCACACCGUCUGCGAAGAGGCCCGGUGUCCCAAUAUCUCCGACUGCUGGGGCGGCAGCGACAAGUCCUCCGCUACAGCCACCAUCAUGCUGAUGGGUGACACCUGCACCCGCGGCUGCCGAUUCUGCAGCGUCAAAACCUCGAGAGCACCCCCACCACUCGACCCGCACGAGCCGGAGAAUACCGCCGAAGCGAUCUCGCGCUGGGGACUCGGAUACGUCGUCCUGACGAGCGUUGAUCGCGACGACCUGGUGGACGGUGGCGCCAGACACUUCGCGGAGACGGUGAUCAAGAUCAAGCAGAAGGCCCCCAGCAUCCUGGUUGAGUGUCUGACGGGUGAUUACGCCGGCGACCUCGACAUGGUCAAGCUGGUCGCCCGGUCUGGUCUUGAUGUGUACGCGCAUAACGUCGAGACGGUGGAGGCGCUGACCCCGCAGGUCCGCGACCGCCGCGCCAACUUCCAGCAGUCGCUGCGCGUCCUCGACGCCGCCAAAAAGGCCCAGCCUACGCUCAUCACCAAGACUUCGCUGAUGCUUGGCCUCGGCGAGACGGAUGAGCAGCUCUGGGAUGCGCUGCGCCAGCUGCGCGCCGUCAACGUCGACGUCGUCACCUUCGGCCAGUACAUGCGCCCCACGAAGCGCCAUAUGGCUGUCCACGAGUACGUGACCCCGGACCGGUUCGAGUUGUGGCGCCAGCGUGCGCUCGAGAUGGGCUUCCUGUACUGCGCGUCGGGGCCCCUGGUCCGGAGCAGCUACAAGGCCGGUGAGGCGUUCAUCGAGAAUGUGCUGAAGAAGAGACGCGCGGCUUCGGGCGGUGCUGAGACAAUCGGAGAGCGUCCCGUUGCUGUGGACGAGGCGUCGCGUUGA